AUGGCCCAUUCUUCCCUUGAUGUCUUGCUGAAAGGCAGCUCCGGCCGGAGCACGCGCGGUCUAUUACGGAUCAUCAUCCUUCUCACGAUCGCUGCGGCCGCCGUCGCCAGUCGCCUUUUCAGUGUUAUCCGAUUUGAAAGUAUUAUUCACGAAUUCGAUCCGUGGUUCAACUUCCGAGCAACAAAAUACCUUGUUCAAAAUGGCUUUUACAGUUUCUGGGAUUGGUUUGAUGACCGAACAUGGCAUCCUCUGGGUCGUGUCACUGGUGGCACUUUGUACCCAGGUCUGAUGGUGACCAGUGGUGUCAUCUACCACAUCCUCCGCCUCCUCACAAUCCCUGUCGAUAUCCGCAACGUCUGUGUUCUUCUUGCCCCCGGAUUUUCGGGUCUGACUGCCCUGGCAAUGUACCUCUUGACCCGUGAGAUGUCUCAUUCUCCAUCCGCUGGUCUUCUUGCGGCUGCAUUUAUGGGUAUUACUCCCGGUUAUAUCUCUCGUUCCGUGGCCGGUAGCUACGACAAUGAAGCCAUUGCCAUUUUCCUGCUUGUCUUCACCUUCUUCCUGUGGAUCAAGGCUGUCAAGAAUGGCUCAAUCAUGUGGGGUGCAUUGACUGCUCUGUUCUACGGAUACAUGGUCUCCGCUUGGGGUGGAUAUGUCUUUAUCACUAACCUAAUCCCUCUCCAUGUGUUCGUUCUGCUUUGCAUGGGUCGUUAUAGCUCCCGCCUUUACAUUAGCUAUACCACCUGGUAUGCAUUGGGAACGUUGGGCAGCAUGCAGAUUCCCUUCGUGGGUUUCCUGCCUAUCCGCAACAGUGAUCAUAUGUCGGCCCUGGGUGUCUUCGGUCUCAUUCAGCUCGUCGCAUUCGCUGAAUUUGUUCGCGCAUACUUGCCCGGCAAGCAGUUCCAGAAACUCCUCACUUCUAUGGUCCUGCUUACCUUCGGUCUUGGAUUCACUGGUCUCAUCCUUCUCUCCGUUUCUGGCGUCAUUGCUCCCUGGAGUGGACGUUUCUACUCGCUGUGGGAUACCGGCUAUGCUAAGAUUCACAUUCCUAUCAUCGCCUCCGUCUCCGAGCACCAGCCUACCGCUUGGCCUGCCUUCUUCUUUGACCUGAACUUCUUGAUCUGGCUUUUCCCCGCCGGUGUGUUCAUGUGUUUCCAGAACCUGAAGGAUGAGCAUGUCUUUGUCAUUAUCUAUGCUGUUCUCUCCAGCUACUUCGCCGGUGUCAUGGUUCGUCUGAUGCUGACUCUCACCCCGAUUGUCUGUGUCGCCGCCGCUCUGGCUCUCUCGACCAUCUUUGAUAGCUUCCUAGUCAUGACCAAGCCUACUCCCGAGAGCAAGGACAAAGUGAACACAGAGAAGGCUAAAGCGUUCUCGUCGACCAAGAAGCCCGUUGUGGGAAUCUACUCCUACUUCUCGAAGGCUAUUGUGACAGGUUCCCUGACCAUCUACCUUCUGAUGUUUGUUGCUCACUGUACUUGGGUUACCUCGAACGCGUACUCGUCCCCUUCGGUCGUGCUCGCUAGCCGCCUGCCCGAUGGAAGCCAGCACAUCAUCGAUGACUAUCGCGAGGCCUACUACUGGCUCCGUCAAAACACCGAGGACAAUGCCAAGAUCAUGUCCUGGUGGGAUUACGGUUACCAGAUCGGUGGUAUGGCCGACCGUCCCACUCUUGUCGACAACAACACCUGGAACAACACUCACAUUGCCACCGUCGGCAAGGCCAUGAGCUCUCGCGAAGAAGUCAGCUACCCCAUUCUGCGUCAACACGACGUCGACUACGUUCUGGUAGUGUUCGGCGGUCUCCUUGGCUACUCGGGUGAUGAUCUGAACAAGUUCUUGUGGAUGGUCCGCAUCGCGGAGGGUAUUUGGCCCGACGAGAUCAAGGAGCGUGACUUCUUCACUGCUCGCGGCGAGUAUCGCGUCGACGAAGAGGCCACUCCCACCAUGAAGAACAGCCUGAUGUACAAAAUGUCUUACUACAACUACAACUCUCUCUUCCCCGCCGGCCAAGCCGUCGACCGAGUUCGUGGCGUUAAAUUGCCUGCGGAGAGCCCGACGCUUAACACCCUCGAGGAAGCUUUCACCAGUGAGAACUGGAUCAUCCGUAUCUUCAAGGUCAAGGAUCUGGACAACUUCGGCCGUGAUCACAGCAACGCUGUUUCUUUUGACAAGGGUCUGAAGCGCAAGCGCGCGACUAAGAAGAAGGGACCUCGCGUUCUGCGAACCGAGUAA